GUGCGGGACAGUAAGUGUCGGAAACUGUUCGGUGGGACACCAGAACCAGAGGGAUGUGGCUGCUGUCAGUGUUGGUGCCUCUCCUCAGGCUGUAUCUGUGCGGAAUUAAAGUUCUGAUCUAUCAGAUGUUCAACAGGUCGUUUGCGCUGCCAGUCUUACCCAAGCAAAAUGGAAGGGUUGCCAUUGUGACGGGGGGUACCAGAGGAAUGGGUUAUGAGACAGCGAGACACCUGGCAAGCCUUGGCAUGCAUGUUAUCAUAGCUGGGAACGAGAGAGAAGAGGGCGCAGAGGCCCUCAGGAAGAUUCAUGAAGAAGGUGUCGAGGGGAAAGUUGAGUUCGUCUUCAUGGACCUGACCUCACUGAAAUCCGUGCGCCACUUUGCUCAGACAUUCAAAAACAGAGGUCUCCCCCUCCACGUUCUGGUCAACAAUGCUGGAACCAUGAUGGUCCCCGAGAGAAAGACGGAGGACGGCUUUGAGUUCCACUUUGCGCUUAACUACCUCGGCCACUUCCUGCUGACCAACCUGCUGCUGGACACGCUUAAGAGGUCAGGACGCCAGGGCUGCUGCUCCAGGAUUGUCAACAUGUCCUCUGCUACACACUACGCAGGAGUUAUGCACAUGCACGACCUAAACAGGAGGAUCUGUUACAGUUCCCAUGGUGCCUACGCUCAGAGCAAACUGGCCCUGGUCCUCCUCACCUACUACCUGCAGGAGCAGAUGACAGCCGGCGGCUUCCCCGUGACCACCUAUGCGGUGGACCCUGGCAUGGUGGACACGGCGCUGUACAACAACCUGUGGAGCCUCGCACAGGCUCUGAAGAAACCAGUGGCCAAGAUACUGUUCAGGACUCCUGCAGAAGGAGCAUCCAUAUCCGUCUACGCUGCAGUCGCCUCCGAGCUGGAAGGGGCUGGGGGCUGUUACUUGUACAACGGCCAGAAGACGCAGUCGUCCGACGUUUCCUACGACUCUGAGCUGCAGGCCGAGCUAUGGAAGAAGAGCUGUGAGCUGGUGGGCCUUCAGGAGAACUGACAGUGCUGUGACCCUUGUGCAGCGUCUCCAGAGCCAUGCUAGAGACGCUAUGUGGAGCGCACAAAUUGAAUCUCUGCCUUAUUUUGUAGAAUUCUGACACUGAAAUAUCUAGACUUAUAAGCUACAUCCACAUCAAUACAUUAUAAAGAGCACAACUUUUGCUAUGUUUACGCCUAGCGUCCACACGUCUCUGGUGUGUCUGAACCCCUUAAACGAAGACCUUUGGAUGCGCAGGCUAGUCUAUGUUUUGCGGACCUUGACUGCUUUAUACUCAUGUGUCAGCUUUGUUAGCAGUUCCACCUCGUUGUCAGUCCACGCAAACAAAUCUCUGGUCUUACUUUUCACUGUUCUUUCUCUGCAGUAUUUUUAUGCCUCCAUACCUGCGAUUGCUGUGGCUGUCUAUUCAAUCCACUGUCUGUCCAUCCAUCCAUCCACCUCUUCUGAAGGCGAUAUCAUUUGGCACAAAUGUUCACUUUGAUUCAACGA